AUGGCACCCCCCGAAUUGGACAUCCUCCUCCGAGCCCUAUCUGAACGCGAUAUCCCACUCAAUGGAGACGAUGUCGCCUGGGCUUUCGAAACAGCGGGUACCCGAGACAAGGCCACCGAUUGGGUCAAACAGCACUUGCAUUCUACGACUCUCCUAAGCAAGGACGAGUUGAACUUUGCAGAGAACAGUGAGGCAGACCUCAGUAUUCCAGCAGCACCUGGAGGCCGGCCGUUGUCUGAAGCAGAAUUCGAAGCCGCAAUUGAUUCAAUCGAAGCCAGCACAGCCGCAAUCGAGAAACAGUGUGCGCUAUUCGAGUCCCAAAGGAAAGCGUUACGGGAUAUCCAGGCGCGCAACGCAUCCCGCAAUGGGGCCAUUAAUGCGAGGGAAGCACGAGAGAAAAGGCUCGCUCAUGAGAGAGCCCAACUGGACUUCGAGACUGACGAUGUGUCUCAAACAACGACGGGACGGCUUCGCACCCUGAGCAAACAGUCAGACUCGGCUACUUCAGGUAUUCCGUCCAGCGUGGAGCGUAUCUUCGAAAAGGACGAUAGGUUACUGGACGGACUGCAGAAAAUCUUGCCUAGGUUCUCGAACAGCCUGGAGGGCGAUAAUGAGACCGCAGAUGUGGAGCGAUUGUGUUCUACCUUAGCUGCCCUUUCUGCUAGUGAGAUUCGUGCACGACUCGACAAGGUCUACCACGAAACCCUCACAGAUUACGGUCGUUACCAAAACGGCUCGACGGCAAGUGAUUUAUCCGAAUCAAAGACAAAGCAGCGGGCUACGCUACGCGCUGAACUGGAUGAGCUCGGGAGUGAAAUCGAUGGUCUGGUCGCCAUUGCUGUAGACCAUCAGUUUCGCAAACCGCUUAAACGAGGCAUGGUAUCCGCUCAAGUCGAUUCGCAGGCACAAAAGGCAAAGUGGGCAGAAUAUACUGUGGCAGCAUUGGCGUACCUCACCUCGCGCCUUGAUGCCAUCGGUGACCACAUCUAUCGUCUACAUUCCCACAGCGCAGCUUUGCAGGCUGUGUCCAACACCUUGGAGGAGACUGUUGCCGCACCCAGUCCAAAGUCGGGGGGACCACAAAGGCAAAGCUCGCCUGCUACCGAAAGAAGUGGUGGAAGAGGCCUCAAACUCCUCAGACUGGUUCAAGCCAACUUUUCUGAAGGGCAGGACCCCACGUUACCAUUCCUCAGGGAACAUGAUGUCCGGAUUGGUGAUGCGGACAGUGUCGCCAAGAUCAGCGGCAUGCUUGAAGCCACAGUCCGAGAUCAAGAGCACAAAUUGGCAAGCCUCGGAAAGUCCACCGAGUCCAACAUCACCGAGACGCUGUCUGGUUCUUUUGCUCGCACGGAUGCUGAUCUUCAAAGUGUUUUGAACGCUGUGUACGCCAAGUCUGAAGGAAGCACUGUGCAGCUGGUCGACGGCGUUUUGCGAGCAGAUAUGGAAAAGCUCGAGCACGAUACCCAACGACUCGGCGAUGGUAUGCGAGGACUGGAUGUUGACGACAUUGCUCGUGUCAUCAAGGGCAAGCAGAGGCAGUUGAUGCAGAUGCUGGGAACCGAGCGGGAAUAA